UCAUCCUGGUUUGAGACCCCUGUUUUAGAUAUCGUACAGUAAAACUUUACUAUAAAACAGUUAUUAGCGAAACGUUUGCUUAAUGAAAACAUUUAUGGCUAAUUAGAGAUUUGCAUCUAUUUGCAUGUGCCUUUCCCCAGAGCAGUGGAACGUACAGGGUCUCAGCAAAGGGAGCGGAGGGAGCUCCCAGCAGAACACUACAACACUGCGAGGUGAGGGUAUUCUGUAUGUACGCACAUUGUACUACAUCAACGUAGGUGAGAGUAGGAUCUUUCUCUGUGAUAGAGCACCAACACGUCACAACAAAUACCAGCGGCUGAUCACUGGACCAGACUGAAUCAAUCAUUGGACUAGAUGAGCCUUUUACAACAAUCGUCCACAUUCUCCUUACCAGCCCAUGUGACUCUGCCUGAGCUGCCCCCUGGCAUUUACUAGAGUACUGUGGAGACUGAGGAGAACAGUGGGGCUUGUGGGGAUGUCUUAAAUACACCCACCGCCACCUCUCCCCCCUGUUCAUUCUCUUCAUCCCUAACAUCACCACUGCUCUGCUCAGCUCAGAGCAGGAGAACUUCACACAGAACUUCACAUUUAGACUUAAUCUUCAUGGACCUCGCUCAGCUAUGCAGUAGAAAGGAGGAUUAACCCAAGCUGAGCACCGACCAGCACCGAGUCUGGGAAACACCUUUUCUUUUCUUUUUUUGUUGUUGUUGGUGGACAGUCAAGGUGGACUGAGACGGACGGACACACACUCUGUUGUGUUGGGGUUUUUUUUUCUUUCUAAAUCUUCCUCUCCUUCCCUUCUUCCUGUCACCCUUCUCUCUCCCCUCUGUCAACCAUGACUCUGUCAUCUGACGACCAGUCCGUGAGGCCUCCACCCUGUCCGAUGCUGGAGCCCGGCAAGCACUUGAACAACUCUCUGCACCAAUACUCAUCCACAGAAUGCAACGACUACAAAGAGGACUGUACCGACAGCGCUGUGUUUGGAGCCGUGGAGCCCCCCAGACGCUCACGGGGGCGUCUCCUACUCCACGGCCUUGUCAUGUUCGGAAGGGAAUUUUGCUAUGCGGUGGAGGCGGCCUUUGUCACGCCGGUGCUCCUGAGCGUGGGCCUUCCCCGCAGCCUCUACAGCCUGGUGUGGCUCAUCAGUCCCAUCCUGGGGUUCCUGCUGCCGCCCAUCAUCGGCUCAGCCAGCGAUUACUGCCGUUCGAGGUGGGGCAGACGGAGACCCUACAUUCUGUCCCUGGGGAUCCUAAUGCUGCUGGGUCUCACCCUGUUCCUCAACGGAGAUGCUGUCGUCUCAGAGAUAAGCAGUGACAGGUCACAGAGGAGGACGUGGGCCAUAGUGGUGGUGAUGCUGGGUGUGGUGUUGUUCGACUUCGCUGCAGACUUCAUCGACGGGCCCAUCAAGGCCUACCUGUUCGAUGUGUGUUCACACCAGGACAAGGAACGAGGACUACACUACCACGCUCUGCUCACAGGCCUGGGCGGAGCCUUCGGUUACCUGGUAGGAGCCAUGGACUGGGGUCAUUCGGUUCUGGGCCAGCUCCUGGGUUCUGAGUACCAAGUCAUCUACUUUUUUUCCGCCUUGACCUGGAGCAUCUUCCUCACAGUGCACCUCUUCAGUAUUCCAGAACAACCUCUGGACAAGGACCCUUUUGACUCGGAUUUGUCACCUCCAAGUGCCCUUCGCAUGUUAGGUAACCACUGCAGCGGUUAUGGAACGCUCUCCAAAGAACCCGUCCUCCGAGUGUCCAUCUCAGACGUUAGGCCGAGGUCGUUCUCCGCUCUGGGGGAGGCCAACUCAGUGACCUCUAGUGCCAAGCAGCCAAACAAAGAGGCCCAGAAGAGGAUGACAUUCAGUUCUCUGAUGAAGACCAUCGCCACCAUGCCAAACCACUACCGCAGCCUGUGCGUCAGUCACCUGCUGGGCUGGACGGCGUUCCUCUGCAACAUGCUCUUCUUCACUGAUUUCAUGGGACAGAUUGUGUACAGGGGGAAUCCUUAUGCAGAGCAUAACUCCACAUCGUACCUCAUAUACGAGCAAGGGAUUGAGGUCGGCUGCUGGGGGCUCUGUAUUAACGCCGUCUCCUCCGCUCUCUACUCCUACGUGCAGCAUUUCCUCCUGCCCUACGUCGGCCUCAAAGGCUUGUACUUCAUUGGCUACUUCGUGUUCGGUUUGGGCACCAGUCUAAUUGGCCUCUUCCCCAACAUCGUGGCCACGUUGAUCCUCUGCAGUGUGUUUGGAGUCAUGUCCAGCACGCUGUACACCAUCCCUUUCAACCUUAUUGCCGAGUAUCAGCACGAAGAGCAGGAACAAGUGGCCAGACAGGGAAACAAAGAGCCCCCCCGUGGUACUGGAGUGGACUGUGCAGCGCUCACCUGCAUGGUCCAACUGGCUCAGAUAAUCGUGGGCUUGGGUCUCGGCGCUCUGGUCAACUUGGCAGGAAGUGUGAUCGUGGUGGUGCUGUCAGCGUCCGCCGUGUCUCUGUUUGGCUGCAUCUUCAUCGCUGUCUUUAUCAGAUCUGUGGAAUGAUCGGGUUCUCACGCAAAUAUUUUGUUGGUGUCGUUUUAAUAAAUAAAGAUACUUUAUUACAUCUU